UAUAUUGAAAGCAGCAUGAGGGAGAGAAUGGCUGGAUUCAGUUUGAUCUGGCCUGUGACUUUAAGGCUGCUUUUGCAGGAUUUGCAUGUCUCUUCUCAUUUGCUGGUAGAAAUCUUGAGCUUGCGUCGGAUUGGUUCCAGUUCUGGUGUUUCACUUCCCCUUUCCCUGCUUGGUUUCCCUCCCUGUUUCAGUCAGAUCAUGAGACUUCUGGUGUCUUUAGCAAACCACAGAUUAGAACCUGUUGAAGGUUUUACAGUAGCCAUGAGGUUCUGUGAGGUGCUGCUCCUCUUUGGUCUGCUCAGACUAACUUCAGGGCUGCCUGUUGCCUCGCCUUUCAGCCAGGCGCCGUUUCUCACUGUGUGGAACGCCCCCACAGAGAACUGCCUCUCCCAGUACGGCGUGGAUCUUGACCUGGGGAUGUUUAGCAUCGUCCAGAACCAAAAUCAAACCUUCAUAGGUGAAAACGUCACUAUUUUCUAUGCUGACAAGCUGGGUCUGUACCCUCGGUACUCAGCCCAGGGCGAGGCCAUCAACGGCGGGGUUCCUCAGAACAGCAGCCUAGACGCUCACCUCCGACUCGCAAGCGAAGAUAUCCGCUACUACAUCCCUGACAGAGACUUCCAGGGCCUGGCGGUGGUGGACUGGGAGAGCUGGCGGCCAGUGUGGGAGAGAAACUGGGACAGUAAACAAGUGUACAAGGAGGGGUCAAAAGCCCUGGUGAGGGCCAGGCAUCCAGACUGGAGUCCUGCUCAGGUGGAGGCAGCGGCUCGGCGGAAGUUUGAGCAAUCUGGGAGGAAAUUCAUGGAGGAAACACAGAAACUGGGGCAGAAAAUGAGGCCAAGUGGCUUGUGGGGGUUUUAUGGAUUUCCCAAUUGCUACAACUAUUACAACGACAGGAGCGUAAACUACACAGGUGAGUGUCCAGAUGUGGAGCUGAGCAGGAACGAUGAGCUGUUCUGGAUGUGGAACGCCUCCUCCGCUCUGUACCCUGACAUCUACCUGAGCCUGGACCUGCGAGGCCUCGGCAAAGAGGUGCUGCUCUACGCUCAUCACCGCAUCCUGGAGGCCAUGAGGGCGGCAGAUCAGGUGACCCCGUCGCAGCUGCCCGUCUUCCCCUACGCCCGCAUCGUCUACACCUACACAUUAGAGUUCCUCUCCAAGGAGCAUCUGGUCCACACUGUAGGAGAGAGCGCUGCUUUAGGAUCUGCUGGGGUCGUGCUGUGGGGGGACCAUGCAUUCGAUAAAUCUAAGGCUACAUGUGAAGCAGUCAAGUCCUACAUCGACGAGACUUUAGGUCCCUACGUGGUCAACGUGACCUCAGCUGCCACGCUCUGCAGCCAGGCUUUGUGCUCCUCUCAGGGACGGUGUCAGAGGUCGGACCUGAAGUCGGGCGCCUACCUCCAGCUCGACCCUGCAGCCUGGAAGAUCCUGUCUGAGAAGAAACCGGCAGGAGGGACAAACUACAGGGUUUUAGGGCAGAUGGACGCACAAAGUGUGCUGCAGAUGAAGUCUGACUUCCACUGCAGGUGUUAUCCUGGGUGGGAAGGGAGGGACUGCUCCACGCCAGUUUAGAGAUUACAAUAGUUUUAAAUAAUAAGAGGGGGAAGUGAAAGCCAGAGUCUUUCUGAGAGGAGUUUGCUUGUUGCUCGUUUCAUCAGUUUCCUCUCAGAACCCAAAGAUGUGCCUUUUAGCAGUAUUUGCUUUUAGGUGUCAGUGUCUCUGUCGUUGUUCUGUGAUGGAUUUGCAAUUCCUAAUCAGGACCAAAUGGGUUUUGAAGAUGGAUGAAUGGACUGAGUUGAUUGAUUCUUGCUCAUUUCAAAACAGCUAUAUUUUUGGAAAUCAUGACUCAUUGUUUGUAUCUGUGUUUUGUUUUACAGUAUUGUCAGUAUGCACUGAUAUGGAUGUGUCUCUGUGUGUUUUUUUUUUACAUAAACCACUAAUUUGUUUUGGUGUCUGCCUACUUAAUCAAAUCCUUCUGCAAACUGCACAGAUCCUAUUAGUUUUCCAGGCAGACAGUAUUUAGAACACAAUGGCACGAGUUGUAAAAUGAACUCCCAAGUGGAAAAUUUGUUGUUUUGAUUUAAUGUUUUUGUAAAGGUGGUUUCAAAUCUUCACAUACAUCAGAUUGAAGAAAGUCUUUCUGAUAAUUUUAUACCAAAGUUUGAGAUAUGUUGUGAAUUGUUCAAUAUGUUCAGCUCCCUCCAUAACUACUGGAACCCUGGUAAAGAUUUUUUUUUUUUUACAACUUUUUAAAUAUUAUUCUAACUCUAAACUUAUGUAAGUUUCAGCAAGUAGCAAUUUUCUUGUAAUUAUUACCUGACUUGUGAGGAUAUUACAUACAUCUGCCUUUAUUAAAGAGGAUAUUUUAUUGUUUUUCC